CUGUAGACCCUGCUGGACUGGAGGACAGAUGCAGUGAGGACAUGCUGUAGACAUGUGGAUUAUGUUAACCUGCGUGCUGGGCUGUCUAUCGCUGCAGGACCCUCUCAACAGGGGACUAUUUGUGGAUGGGCAACAGACAGAUAUGGACCAUCUGUUAGAGAAGGACUCUCUACACAUCGACCAUCAAGAUGCUGCGGUCCACAGUCAUGGCUUUGUACUUGUUGAAGAACCUCACAUCAUGUUGGCCACUAACAAAAGAGACAGAAGAGUUUAUGACAUGGAACCCUCUCCAGACAUCGAAAAGUCAGAUGAAAACAUCCAAACUAAUUCAACAGACUCAGCCUCAUACAGUGGAGACAACCUAAGCUCACUGGAGUCACUGACACAAAUGUCUGAGGAGAAAUCUCAUAAACAUAAUCUACGGAUGGAUGGGAACAUGAUUCCAGUGAUGACGUCAAAGGAGUAUUGGGAGACAAAUAGCCAUGACCCUUUAGGAAACAAUAAUGGGGGGCAGCAUUCCAGUCUGCUGCACAUGGAGUCCUUGGCAUCUGUUGGUGCUGUCGGAACAGGGCUCAUCAUUUAUGGAUCAGACAACAGAAUCUACCAAAUCCACAGGGGACCUUCUGGUCUAACAGGAGCACCGGGACAGAGAGGAUGUGCUGGGAGAGAAGGCUUUGUUGGAUUCAAAGGAGACAAGGGCUCUGCAGGUAUUCCAGGCUUGGAUGGGAGGAGAGGGGAUCCGGGGCCUCCAGGACCUGCAGGACUUCCCACUCUCUACCUAUGGGGGUCUGAGGAGGACUGGACUGGUUUUAGAAGAUCAGCCUUCUAUCAGAUGCUAAGAGUUGGCUGGCCGGUGCAGCCUGGCCCACCUGGACCAAUGGGGGAAAUUGGCCCCUCUGGCCCUCCAGGUAUUCCUGGAGCUGCUGGGAGCAGAGCGACACCAGGACAGAGAGGGGACAUGGGUUACCAUGGGCAUAAGGGCGCCCCAGGUCCGACAGGGAGGGGGGGCAGGAAUGGCAAUCAAGGAGAGGAUGGUCACUGUGGGCCACCAGGGCUACCUGGACUGCAGGGUCCCAGAGGCUUUACGGGAGAAGGGGCUUCUCAGGGGGUAAGAGGAGAGAAGGGAUUCCCUGCUGAGCCUGGACCGACCGGGGACAGAGGGAGAGUUGGGGAGAAGGGAUAUAGAGGGGAACCAGGAGAAGAUGGACCUGCUGGCCUUCCUGGUUUUGUAGGUAGACGAGGCCAUCAGGGGCGUCCUGGACCUGCAGGGCCACAGGGAGACUCUGGACCUGAUGGGAUGAAGGGUCCUCCAGGACCAGAGGGUGCACCAGGGGCCACAGGUGGUGUAGGACGUCCCGGACUGAAUGGGUCUGAGGGGGAUCAAGGUCCAACUGGUCCAAGGGGCCGGAAAGGUCCCCCAGGCCUGUCCGGAGCAGCUGGAGAGACUGGCUCACCUGGACCUCGAGGGGCUCAGGGUCAGCAAGGAAACGGUGGCCCUUCAGGUCCAAAAGGGGAGAUGGGUGAAACAGGACCUAUGAGAAUGAUCGGAUUACCAGGCAUCGAAGGACCCAUGGGGAGGUUUGGUGAUCCCGGUCCAAGAGGCUUCCCAGGGGGCACAGGCUUCAGAGGACUGGAUGGUGAACAAGGCGACGCUGGACCCAAUGGAGACCAAGGCCCCCUCGGUGCUGCAGGGAUCCAGGGUCGUCAGGGGGAGAGGGGUGAACGUUGCCCCUCAGGUAUCCCGGGGGUGAGAGGUCAACCGGGAUCCAGAGGAAGAGAGGGUGAAGACGGGGAGGCUGGUGGUCCUGGAGAAAUCGGGACACAGGGCUCAAAGGGCAACAGAGGCACCGCAGGAACCAAUGGAAAGCUAGGACUCAGAGGACCGAGGGGUCGCACAGGACUGCAGGGCCAGUUCGGUCUACCUGGCAUGCCGGGCUCUCCCGGUGCUGCUGCUGAUGCAGGGCAGCCAGGUUCUCCAGGAGUCUCGGGUCACCCUGGAACAUUGGGUCCAACUGGGAGACCAGGACACAUGGGGCAGAGGGGGGAGGCUGGAGUCAGAGGCUCUGCCGGCUUCCGAGGGGGGACGGGACCUCCAGGUCUGAUGGGCCCCUCUGCUGAGAAAGGGCCUCCUGGAUCCAAGGGCCGUCAAGGAGUGUUGGGGCCCAACGGCCCUCAGGGACUGCCAGGCCCAGCAGGCCAGCCAGGCCCAGAGGGCAGCACAGGGAGACAAGGUCCUAAAGGGACUCAGGGCCCAACAGGGUCACACGGGUCGGGUGGACCCAGAGGAUUUCCAGGAGCACCAGGGAUUAUUGGACUGACGGGAGAGGCGGGGGACGAAGGAGAGAAGAGAGCAAGGGGUCCUGGUGGUGAUACAGGUGUUCCGGGUCUGGAUGGGCAACCGGGUCCUCAUGGGCCUGCUGGUGAAGAAGGAACCCCUGGAACUAAAGCUGACCAGGGAGCGCUGGGCCUUCAGGGACAACCAGGGCCCAAAGGACUAAAUGGAGAGCAGGGACCUCAGGGUUCCAAGGGGCUUGAGGGUGAGCCUGGGCAGACAGGCGAAGAGGCGGAUUUUGGAGAGCCUGGAGUUCCUGGAUAUCCAGGUCCUAUAGGAGCAAAGGGAGAUAUUGGAAAUCAUGGUCUUUUGGGAUCAGUGGGCCAUGUAGGACUCCAGGGCACUCAAGGACAAAGAGGGUCAAAAGGAAAAGAGGGUUAUGCCGGCUUGAUGGGUCAAGGGGGGCUGAUUGGGAAGAUUGGACCAUUCGGCUUAUUAGGAAUAAAGGGUUCUGCAGGUAUUUUUGGGAUUCCAGGACCUGAUGGGCCACCAGGACAGAAGGGGGACAAAGGUCCUGCUGGUUUGACUGGGGAGCCAGGGACACCAGGUCUCAAGGGGGGGUCAGGAAGUGCCGGUUUGAAAGGUGACAUGGGGAAGCCUGGAACAGUGGGCUCUGCUGGAGUCACAGGAAUACCAGGUGAUGCUGGUUCAAAAGGCUAUGCUUGUCUUGAGGGGCUGAGAGGAAAGCCUGGACAGAAAGGAGAGCCAGGAACACUAGGUCCUGAUGGCCUGCCAGGAAGUAAAGGACCUCCAGGACUACCUGGAGCAGAGGGUCUCAUUGGUGAGAUUGGGCAACAGGGUCCUGUUGGGCCUCCCGGACCUCAGGUACCACGAGGUAACUCUGGGCUGGAGGGAAUGAAUGGAAAGAGGGGUCAAAAGGGAGAGGAUGGCCAAAGUGGACGUGCAGGGAAGGAUGGACACAUUGGAAAGAGGGGAAAAAGAGGAAAAGCUGGAAAUAGAGGACCAAGUGGAGAUCAUGGGCAGAAGGGAAAGAUGGCAGAUGAGGGGGUCUUUGGUCCUCCAGGGACACCAGGCUCUUCUGGUGAAUCCGGUCCAGGUGGAGAAAAAGGUGGAGUGGGUGCAACAGGCUUUAAGGGAGAACCUGGCGCUACAGGACCACCUGGCCCCCCCGGCAGACAGGGGUUAAAGGGAACUCAAGUCUCUAUUGGGAAGCCAGGAAUAGCAGGCCAGAAGGGAGAGCAGGGAGAUGUUGGCCAACCAGGUAGACGUGGUGCUCCAGGCCUUCCUGGGCUGCCUGGUUUGUUUGGACACAAGGGCCUGAAAGGAUUCACUGGACAACCAGGCCAUAUCGGAGAGAGAGGCGUAACUGGUCCACCUGGCCCUCCUGGCCCCCCAGGAACCUCCUUGAACCUCACACUGACACAACUGAAGGAACUCAUGUACAUAUCAGACGGGCCAAACUACAUCCUGGUUCACACCCUGUUGGACUCCCUUCAGAGAGACCUCCACUGGUUCAUCAGUCCACCCGAUGGUAGCAAACAACAACCAGCUAGCACCUGUCUAGAGCUGUGGCUCGCUCACCCCAACUCCACUAACGGGAUGUAUUACAUUGAUCCUAACCAGGGUAGCCCAGCUGAUGCUCUCCAAGUGUUCUGUGACUUCAGUGCAGAGCCGAAGACCUGUCUGCCCCCCCUGCAGCCUCAGGUUCCAGUUAAAGCUUGGCUGAGCGAUUCUGGCCCCAACCUGUCAUUUCACUGGUUGAGCUCAGUUAAAGACGGCUUCCAGUUUGAGUAUCCAGGAGGAACCGAUGUGGUGCAGAUGAGGUUUCUACGACUGAAAAGCAGAUUCUGCACUCAGACCGUCACAUACUCCUGUCAGCGUGGAACUGUGCAGAACCACCGAGAGAGGGAGGUCCAGUUCCUAUCUGACACUCGCAGGCAGAGCUACCUGGGAGCGCUGCCAGAAUGUGCACUGCUGGAGCCCCUGCAGUCAGAAGUGCAAGAAUCCGUUCUUCAGUUUGAAAGUGAAGAUCUCCACCUGCUGCCUCUCAGGGACCUGGCAGUGUUCGGGAACAAACAAGUAACUACGGAGUUCGGCUUCACCGUAGGACCAGCAUGCUUCAGCUAGGGCCCCCCGUUCCCCAUGUCUCUCAGCAUGAUGCAUUGGUGUGGUGGUCUGCAGCUACAAAGAUAUGAACAAGCAAUCUAUUUCUUUGAGAAAAAAUGACAACUUGUUUUUAACUAUUGUUUUUUAGUUAAAAGUUCAACUUUUUUAUUGUGUGCUGACCAGCCAAAUAAUUCUGGACGUCUUCAGCAAUUUCGUUACUCGAUUUUCGGGUAAUCAGCGCAGUCUUUCUUGCUAACCAAACGGACAGGACAAAAGACACAAAGGGAGCUGAAAUCCUCCAGGAGAGAGAUGCUCUCUCUCUGUUAGCUCGCCCACUUCUUACAGAAGGGAUUUUUGGAACGGAAGUUCUGGACAUUUUUUACAUUUUAGUUGGGUGUGUUUUUGAAACAUUUCAUUUCAUGAUUUUUUUUAUAGGUAUGGUUUUACUUGAUUAUUGUUGUUAAAUAAAAGCAAGGGGGUUUAAGCAGUGCCAUUGUGACAACUUAUGGAUGGGGGGUGUUAGUUUAAAAAUGUAUUCUGUUUCUAAAUACCUGAACAAAAUGUAUUCAGUAACUAAAUCUAAGUUUCACAUUAUAAAAGUGAUCUAUUCUCUAACACAACAAAACAAUGUGAAAUAAGAAAAAAAGGAAACUAAUAUUUUUCUAACCUGCCUUCCAUUAAGCCUACACACCAACACUGAAUCACAUGAGCAAAUACUACAGUUUAGA